AUUUUCUCACAGGACUCUAAUUUCUCCAAUAUAUAAACCCAGCGACGCAGCCAGUUAUGCGACUGUCGUAAAUUGGUUAUUCUCACAGACAUUGAAGGGUUAGGCCUCGAGCUUCGACAAUGGAGGGUUGGGACCCUAAUACCAAAUCAACCCUAACUCAGAUCCCAUUGCUCUCCACAAAGGCUGGUCCUCGCGACGGAGCGGCGUGGACGCAGAGGCUGAAGGAGGAGUACAAGGCGUUGAUCGCCUACACGUCGAUGAACAAGUCCAGAGACAACGAUUGGUUUAGAAUAUCUGCCGCAAACCCAGAGGGCACGCGCUGGACCGGCAAGUGUUGGUACGUUCAUAACCUACUCAAGAACGAGUUCGACCUCCAAUUCGACAUUCCGGUGACGUACCCGGCUACUGCUCCGGAACUUGAAUUGCCUCAGCUAGAUGGAAAGACUCAGAAGAUGUAUAGAGGAGGGAAGAUUUGUUUGACAGUGCACUUCAAGCCACUGUGGGCGAAGAAUUGUCCUAGAUUUGGCAUAGCACAUGCUCUUUGUUUGGGUCUUGCACCAUGGCUUGCUGCAGAGAUCCCCAUCCUUGUGGAUUCUGGCAUGGUUAAGCACAAAGAUGAUGCAGCCUCAUCUACCGAAUCUCAAUGACUUAUUUGCAUGUAAGGCUGUUGAGGAGUUUGUUGUGUUGUGGAGAUCAUAGACUGGUGAAGUAAAAUAAAUUUUAGCGUCUCAAUGUAUAAUUUAUGAGAUGCCUCCUGAGGUAUACAAUUAAUUCCGGACAUUAUAAUAUAUUUAUCCGAAUCAUAAUCUGGAAGUAAUUUCGUGUGUUCUAUCCUGAAGCUUGGUUAUUCUUUUGCGUAAUAUGCCUAUUGCAUUAUGCAUUUUGAAGUUUUUAUGGACUUAUUCUUUAUGUAUCUGUUGAUCAUGCAUUUUCCUGCCCAUAUACAUAAUAUGCACCUUUUUCUAUUGCAUGUGUUUUGAACGUUUUAUAGACGGGGGCAUCUCACAAGUUGCAUCUUAAACCUAUUCUGACAAGUUGAGUAUUUUUUCUCUCUCUUCUCUCUCUUUUGUUUCCCGAAAAGUAGUGAAGGCAAAUUCUGAUACGGUUGUGCUAGAUAUCAUCACCACAAGGUUCCACUAACUUUCAAAAGUAUCAAGAAAGAAUGUAGAAUAUUAGACAAGAAAGGAUAAUUAAAUUUGAAUGGGAGGAAUAAUUGUUAGGAAAAAGUAAGCCUGCUUUGAAUUUGGCUCUGUUGCUACAGGUUGAUUGGAGUAUUAGAUGAGUGGUCCUCUAUCAAUACCAUUUUGAAUUUUGGUAG